UAUACUACCCUCGAUAUACUUCUCUCUCUCUCUCUCUCUCUCUCUCUCUCUCUCUCUCGAUUGGAAAGACGAGAUAAGCACGCGUAUAAUGGGUUCCAAGAUCACACCUCAUGUUGUCGCCGUUCCUCUCCCAGUUCAAGGCCACAUCUCUCCACUCUUGCAUCUCUGCCAAGCACUCGCUUCUCAUGGAUCCAUCCUCAUCACUUUCAUCAACACGGAGGCCAAUCAAGACAGCAUCAAGGAAAUGCUGGGAGAUGGCGUCGAGGGCAUUCGCUUCGAGACCUUCCCCGGGCUGGAGGCGGGUCACCACGGCCUCGACUUGACCCAGCUCGAGAAUCGCCAGAUCUUCUACCGGGCUAUUCUCGACAUGGAAGCGCCAGUGGAGAGGCUGCUACGAGAGAAGAUCAUCGCCAAGGGCCCCCCUGUUUCGUGCAUCGUCUCCGAGUUGUUCCCCUGGAUGAGAGAUCUGGCGGCCAGAAUCGGAGUUCCAAGCGUUUACUUCUGGCCUACGAGUGCUGCUUGUGUUCUUCUGGAUUUUUCCAUUCCCUUGCUCUUGGAGAGAGGAGACAUACCCGUCGAAGAUUUCUCUAUGGACAAAUCCAUCGAGUACGUGCGUGGCUUGUCACCAUUGCCUGUGUGGAGUCUUCCCCGGGUUUUUGCUUUCAGGGAUGAUCCAAGUUUCGCUCGCAGGUACGAGAGGCUAAAAAACAUCCCCCAGAAUUCUUGGUUCCUGGCCAACACUUUCGAGGAGCUCGAAGGUGGCGCGCUUGAGGCCGUGAGAGAUUACAUCCCAAGGAUAAUACCUAUAGGUCCCGCGUUUCUAUCUUCACCAUCCAUGAAAAAUGCAAGCCUCUGGAAGGAAGACAACGAGUGCUUAGCAUGGCUCAACGAGCAAGAAGAAAGAUCCGUGCUCUACAUAGCUCUUGGUAGCAUCGCCACCCUGAGCUUGGAACAAGCUAAAGAGAUAGCGGCAGGGCUGGAAGAGCUCCAGAGGCCAUUUCUAUGGGGGAUUCGUCCAAAGUCUGUGCCGGGUAUGGAGCCCGAGUUUCUGGAACCGCUCAAAGAGAGAGUAAGAAGUUUUGGGCGAGUUAUAACUUGGGCUCCCCAGCGAGAAGUUCUCCAGCAUGCUUCUAUUGGGGGAUUUUUCACUCACUGUGGAUGGAAUUCUGUGCUGGAAAGCAUGGCUGCUGGUGUGCCUAUGAUCUGCCAUCCUUGCGUUGCGGAGCAAAAUCUGAAUUGCAAGUUGGUGGUGGAAGAUUGGAAGAUUGGAUUGCGAUUUUCCAAUGUGGGAUCUGGGAAGCUUGUGGUGAGGGAUGAAUUUCAAAAGGUGGUGAAGAAAUUGAUGGAAGAUGACAAUGGUAUUGCGCAAUACAUGAGGAGUAAUGCAAAGAAGCUGAGUGAAGAAGCUAGAAAAGCAGUGUGUGUGGGAGGCUCUUCAUACAAAAAUCUGGAAAAUUUUAUCUUGUCACUAAAAUAAUAAUUUUAUUCCAAUA